AUGAGACUCCCUCACUUCCGGACACGGCGGUGGUCGUCCCGCGCUCCUCUGUAGGUGAUCGUCAUGAAACAUGUUCACAGUCACCUCCUCAGCUGCGCCUCUGAAACGCUCUCGCUGUAAAAGGGUUUUCUCUGCGGACACAGCAGCUCCCCCCAGAAAACUAGCGCGCAGUUCACAGCCCGAGAAGAGAGAGAGGAGAGAAAAGAGAGAGAGGAGAGAAAAGAGAGAGAGGAGAGAAAAGAGAGAGAAGAGAGCCCGCGUUCACUCGAGCGCCCACAAAUCUCCGAGUAGGACUCGCGGCGCUUUACUCGGUUUGGUUUGACAAAGACGAGCCCGGAGGAAAAAUACGCGCCUUCUCAACAUGGAAAAAGAAAACGGAGUCUUCAGUCUUUUCAUUCUGUUUUUGGGCCUCGCUACACUGUGCGAGAGUCGGGUGGUGUCGGUGCCUGCUGGUCCAUUGGUACGUGUAGAGGGGCAGUCUGUGUCCAUCCGCUGUAAUGUUUCGGAUUAUCAGGGACCCAGAGAUCAAGAGUUUGAGUGGGCCUUGAUUCUGGAUAAUGGAGCAGAGGUCCAGCUCAUCUCCACCUUUGAUCCAUCAUACCCAGACCCCUCUGUGAAGGACCGGAUCAACAGUGGGGGCAUCAGUAUUAAGAAACUGUCCGAUGCUUCUGUGGAGCUGAUUAUUAGCAAGGUCAGGGCCUCGGACAGCACCACCUAUCGCUGCAGUACCCCAAGCACAGACUCAGUCAUGAGCGGGAACUACAAUGCAGAUGUGGAACUCAGAGUGAUUGGAGAUACUCUGAGGGUGAUUCCAUCCAUUCCUCAGCCAGCUGUGUCUGAGGGCGAACCAUUGGAGCUACAGUGCAACGCCAGCCGGGCCUACACAGCGCAUACCUUCCUGUCGAUCACCUGGUCCAUUAGAAAGGACACCAACUCCCUAGAAAACAUCUUGACAUUUGGGCCAGACAGUGGGGUGAAAGUUGGCCAAAGUUUUGCACAGCGUUAUGCAGAUGGUGGACUUCUUCUGGACCUACGUGAGGGUGGCUUUUACGGAUUGGUUGUGAAGGGGGCAAAGCCGUCAGAUCAGGGUGCAUAUAUCUGUACAGCCAGGGAGUGGACGCGGCAGCCUGGCGGAGGGAAAGGUUGGCACAAGAUCCUAGAAAGGAGUGAAGAAAUGGGGAAGGUUACAGUCACACCCUUAGCCCAGUCUCUGGUGGUUUCUGUGGAGAAGAAUGUUACCCUCAGUGUGGAGGACACUCUGAAUCUGACCUGCAUACUAGCUGCUCGUGGCCUCCUUUCUCUGGACCUGGAGCUGACGUGGCUGGUCAGCGCAGUCAACUCAUCGGCUGGCCAGCGAGUGCUGAUCCAUGUGGGACGUGAUGGGCAAGUGCUCAGCGGCUCAGAGCUGGUGGGCACGAGCAGGGUUAAGCCAGACGCUUUCCGGCUCAUCCUGCCUAAAGUGCAGCGCUCGGACUCCGGUCUGUACUUCUGCCAGGUCAAGGCCUGGUUGCCACAGGGCAGUGGGAGAUGGUACCAGGCUGCAGAGAAAACCUCUGACCCUGUCCAGGUUCUUGUAACACAGCUAGAUCCAGAGUUUAAGGUGACCCUCACGGCAUCUCUGACCCCCCAGUUCACCUCUGACCCCACAGAGUUGCUCUGUCAGGUGACCGACCUCCUCAAUCUGCGAGAUGGCCGCCUGAGUGUGUCCUGGACCUACACUAUGAACAUACCAGGAGAUGUAGCUUCCAGCAUCAGCACUAUUGCCUCUAUAAAUGAGCAUGGGGUGCUGGUACCAGGAGAGAAGUAUCGGCAGCGGCUGGACAGAGGGGAUAUUGCAGUGACCCGCAGUGAGCAGAACACCUUCAGACUGCGGAUGCUCCGCACUCGGGAUGAGGACAUGGGCUUUUACUCCUGCAGUGUGACUGCCUGGACUCCCAGCCGCCAGGCAGGAUGGGACAAGGCCAAAGAGAUUAAGUCAGAUCCAGUCACUGUACAAUGGAAACCCAAGACUCCAGUGCUCAGUGUGGUGGCUCAUCGGGUGAGAGAGGCCUCUACAGGUGGUUCCACGUUCGAGAUGAGUUGUCGGGUGACGGGUCAGAACCUGCAGAACCCUGGCUACUCUGUGCUCAUCCGUUUUGAAGAUGCGCAGGGACGGAACCCUCGGAAAAUUCUGUCCCUGAAUCCAGACUCUGUGCUGCAGCUGGAGGAAGGUAUGGCGGCGAGCCGCACCGACAGCGUGGCCCUGGAGAAGAUGGGCCAGCAGGAGUACCGUUUCAGGCUGUAUGGGGCGCAGGUCUUGGACCGAGGGUUCUACUGCUGUGAAGUGACUGCCUGGACGCGUGAUCAGAGCAGCGACUGGAGCAGAGCCGUCAGCGCAGAGUCCAAUAAAAUAGAGAUCGCCUUUGCAGACUCAGGUCCAGUAUUCAACGUGUCCAUUCACUCAGACAGACACAGGGUUCUCCAUGGGGACACAGCCAAAAUGGAGUGCAUCUUGUCCAUACUGGGAGCCACUCCCAACACAGAUGAUGUGGCCUUUGACGUUCGUUGGUUCCAGAGCCCAGCGCGAGCAGUGGAAAAUGGUGGUGCUGUGCCCCUCAUCAGCAUGGACCGCUGGGGGGUGGUGAAGAAGAAUGGGGGAAAUGAGAGCACAGAGUGUAGUCUGGAACGCACAGACAGGAACACGUUUGUGCUCAGUGUGCAUCGCACUCAGGACAGGGAUGUAGGAGAGUAUUACUGCACAGCCAAGCCCUGGUACAUCUUACCUGAUGCUGGUACCUGGAGGGAUGGACCUGAGCUCACUUCUACCCCAGUCAUUCUCUCCAUCAAACUAGCAUUGUGGGAUUCUCUGAAGAUGCCGGUGUUGUAUGGUGUGGUUGCUGCUCUGGCCAUUGGUGCCCUGUCGAUUCUUCUUGGACUUCUUGUUGCCAACUGCUGCCUCUCCAGAAACCCCAUGCACACGCCCCGCAGCAAGCUCAUGGACCUGGAGAUUGACUGAAUCACCUGAAUGAUCCAGAACCAGCCCAGUCUCUCCUGCUAAUGUGACCACAUUUUACCUUAAGCCCCCUUCAAGUCAGCAUCACUACUGAUGACCUACCAAUUGUAUUGAGCCCCAGCUGUUUAGAUAUGCGUGAAUGCACCACUUCAAGGUAGAAAAAGACAAUGUAGUGAAUCUUGACUGCGUGCACUUAAGAGGAUGUGGGCAUUCUGGUGAGAGAAUGAAAGCUCGCGUCGACAGCUGGUGCGCUUGCAGUAUCUCAGGAAUAAUUCGCUGGCAACGGCCCCACUGGCUUUAGUUACUGGUUUUGGCAACGGAGAGCCUGUUUCAUAUGUUGAAAUGCUGACCAGUGUUCUGAGGAGCUUCAUUCAGGAAUAAUGUUUUAGCAUUCCAUACAAGGUUGUGACUGCAUUGUGCCUCAGCCAGCAAUGUUAUGGUAUGUGGAGCACACUUUUAUUCCUGUAUGAAGGACUCUAAUCAAAGAGCCAAGGACACAUCAAGCACUUUGGCAGAACUCCUGGUAAACUUUCAUUCUGAUCUCACCGCAUACUCUCACCCCAGAUCUUGUGCCUGUCAUGUUAUCGAUGGUUCUUCUGCAUCUACCCAGCCUCCCUGUCAUUCAGGGGCAUGUUCUUGACAGAGUGGAGCUCCAGGGGGCUGACCCUUUCCUUCCAGUUUUAAAGAGUCCUCUGCUCAUCAGCAGUCCAGCUGACCAUGACUGAUGGACACUCUGAGGCUGGCUGCACUGUUCCCUGACCCCACCAGGGUUCAGAGCUGACGCCCAGAGUGCACAGCUCCCUCAGCUUUCACUUGCUGUCUGUUGGCACAAGGGGGCCUUCUUUAAGGGGUUUGUCUGGCCAGAGGCAGCAUUGUUCCGGAGACUGACGAUAUCAGUUACUAAAGCUUUGGAAAACUGUACCAUGCUCACUCCAGCAGCGUGCACAAUGGCCUUUAAAAGGUCCUGAUAGAUGAUAUCCUCCACUUAAUGUUCACCCACUAAUGCUUUGUCCUUCACUGAAAGCAAACACAUACACUAUGGAGUUACGCAUUCAAAGUGCAUUAAUGCAUUUAUUUUUUCCAUAAAACACAGAUGCACAGUCAUUGCCCUCAAACUGCACAGACACACAGAUAAUAGGUGUUUCAUUGUUUAUGCCUCAAGUUUUAUACUGUUUCUUUUUCACUAUCAGUCCAGCCUAGUCUACUGUAAAGACUGCUGUUGGCCUGCAUGCCUCUCCACAAAACCGAGGAACCAUCUGCAAUGUGUAUUUUAGCAUAAUAUUUUAACCCCUUAAACUCUAAGCUUAAUAUGUUAUUAGUCUAAGACUUAAGGCUUGUUAGUCAGAACUAAUCUUGUCAUUAGUGAGUACUAAUAUGAAUUAUUCAGUAACAACUGGAAACUAACAUGUAUGCAGAUUUGAGAGUGAAGAUAAGAAGCCAGGUCCAUGGAGUUUAAGGGGUUAAAGUAACUGCUCCAAAUGCAAAUCUGACCUAGAAAUAGAGGUGAUCUGUCUCAGUGGUUCCCAACCCUGAUCCCUGGAGUAAACUGGCUCUAACUAACUGGCUAAUUGCCAUCCCCUUCCUGAGUCAAAGUGGGUAUGAUAGAGAAGACAAGUAGUAAAAUUUGCUGAACUGGGGUCUCUAAGCAGGGCUGAGAACCACUGUCGUACAAGACCCACAGAAACCCUUCACAGAUGUAUGGUGGGACUUUUUAAAAACCUCAGUGUACAAUUUGUCUUUUAUUGAUGUUUUUCAUACUGUAUUUUGGGGAGCAUCUUGUAAAUAUGAAUAGAUUGAAACAGAGUCAAAUUUUUAUGUGCUUCCUUUUUUGUUAUGGUUUGCCAAUAAAGAUCAGUGUAAU